AUGGGGUGGGCUAAGGGGAUAGGAGCUGCAUUGAUCUUGGUUAUGAUCUUUGUGGACCUUGCCUUUGCUGCUAGGUUGGGAAAGACCGGUGAUAAAGGGGGAGGAGUUGAAGGGAGAGGCGGUUCGACUGUUGGAUCGGGCUCAGGUUAUGGUUCAGGGCAUGGCUCUGGGAGUGGGUCUGGAUAUGGCAGAGGUGGAGGAGGUGGUGGUGGGGGAGGUGGUGGUGGUGGCGGAGGAGGAGCAUCCGGUUCUGGUAGUGGUUCAGGGUCUGGAUAUGGGUCUGGCUAUGGCUCAGGUGGAGGAGGAGGAAAGGGAGGAGGUGGUGGAGGUAGUGGUUCUGGCUAUGGAAGUGGCAGUGGCUCUGGAUACGGGAGUGGUGGUGGAAAGGGUGGUGGAGGAGGCGGUGGUGGUGGAGGAGGAGGCGGAGGUGGUGGUGGAGGUGGCAACGGCAAUGGCUCCGGUUAUGGAUCUGGACACGGUAGUGGUGGCGGUAAUGGAGGAUAUGAUGAACCAUAA